GGUGGAGCCUGCACGGCGGCCAGGGGCCAUGUCUGCGCCGCCACCUCUGCAGAUCAGGGAGGCGAACGCGCACCUGGUGGCCGUGCACCGGCGCGCGGCGGAGCUGGAGAGGCGGCUGCUGGCGGCGGAGCGCACGGUGCGUGCGCAGGCCGAGCGCCUGGCCUGCCACGACCAGCAGCUGCGCGCCGCCCUGGACGAGCUGGGUCGCGCCAAGGACCGGGAGAUUUUCGCCCUCCGAGAGCAGCUGCUGAACUCUGAGGCCACAGUUCGCAGCCUGCAGGCCGCAGUGGACCAGAGGGACCGGAGGAUCCAGCAGCUACAGCCUCGGGCUGACCUGCUGCAGGACAUCACUCGCCAGCGGCCACCCCUGGCAGCACUGCUAGCAACCCUGGAGGAGGCAGAGGAACUGGGCCCCUUGCCGGCCAGCCACAGUCAUGGGGCCCAGCUCCUACCAGAUGGGCCUGGCCCACCCCUGGGCAACAACGUGGAGGAGGAGGAGGGCCAGGAUGACCAGCAGCCUGCUGUGUUUGGGACCACUGUGUGAGCUGCCCCGACAGAUCUCAGAAUGUGGGGUCAAGGCCCCUUGGGGAUUCCACUCAAUCACCAGUGGCCUAGAGGGGUCUUGAGACAUUACCAGGAUCCCAUCUAAACAUCAAAACAAGUGAAAAAAACCAAGAUCUCAUUUAAAACAACUCCCUCCUGCCCCUCCCCCCCAGUGCUGGAGUACCUGCUACAUUCCACUGAUUUUAAAUAGUUUCCAACACAAAUGAAGGUGUGGGCAGUAACCAGUGGGUGUAGCACUCUCGCACCCCAGCAUCAGUGAUGGUAGGAACCAAGCCUCCCUCAUCUGCAGGUCUGGCUCUGAGGCUGUGCUGCGUCCCAUGUGGGACAGCAGGGUCCCAGGCUUGUCUUUCAGGAGUGUGGCGUGGAUCUCUGCUGGCUUGACAGGUUCCCAGCACAGGCCCUGCCUGCGGGGAGUUUGCAUUUUUGUUUGAGGUGGGGUCUCUCUCUAUAACCCGGCUACCCUGGAACCCUUUCAAGUCCUUGGAAAGAGAAGUGAACCGCCCGGCCCUGCUGCUGGGAGUCCUCCCUCCCUCCUUCCCUCCCUCUCUCACUCUCCUGAACCAUUCUUGGUCCCAGGCGGGAUCUCCUCUUUGUUUUAUGUUCUGUUGCUUCUGUUAAAUCAUUAACCUUGCAGCUCUUUCCCACAGCUCUACCCUUCCUUCUAGGAAGGACAGGUGGGUUGAGACAGCACAACCAAGAAUGCCUCAGCCUUUGUGCUCUGUUCCCGGUGCCUCAGUGUCUCCCUGGUUCCACCUCAGUUCCGUGAUACCCGGGUAUCUCAUGCCCCUUUCUGGAGGGGCCUUCCUGCCAGCAUCUCUGACGUCAUUCCUGCCAGCUGGUCACUGCCCUGUACUGUGAUUGUUUGGUUUAGUUUUCCUGAAGUUUAGUCUUGUAGCCCAGACUGGCCUCUAAACCUUUUAUGUAGCUUAGGCUGACUUUGAACUUCUCAUCCUCCUGCUUCAGCAUCUCCGGUGCUAGUAUGACAGGCUUGUGCAACCACUCACAACCUCGUCCUGGGACCACCUUUUCAGCAGGAAGGCAGCAGUUAUGAAGCAGGGAAUUUUGUCUUCUGUCUCCAUCAGUGCCUAGCCCAGCCCGGGAGGCCCUACCUUAGCCAGGAGCCUCCUGGAUAUCUGAUGAGCCCUUUCCUGGUUUCCAGGGACAACUAUGUUUUUGUAGCAAGUCUCCUUUUGAUACCCUAAGAGAAUCUAUUUUUUAAAUCCUUGUUUCUAUGCUUUCUAAGGCCUAAGACGGUGAGGGUAAAUGGCCACCUCACCUGCGGAGAGUUUGCAUUUUUGCUUGAGGUGGGGUCUCUCUCUAUAACCCAGGCUUCCCUGGAACCCUUUCAAGUCCUUGCAAUAUAGACAUGAGCCACCCGGCCCUGCUGGUGGGAGUCCUCCCUCCCUUUCUCUCUCUCUCACUCUCUUGAGCCUUGCCUCUUGAGCCUCUGACAAAGGUGAGGACACCCUUGUUAGAACAGUAAGAGGAAGAGUCCUCACAAACCCUUGCAUCCAGAAGUGGUGUCUAUGAGUUUCAUAGUCCCUGUGCUCAGGGAAUUGUCCUUGAGCAGUCACCAAGAUAGAAGGUAGGGGCAGUUCCAAACAGAAGGGCCUCCAGGCAUCCAGUCUGCCCAGAGUCUGACAGGGACCCUCAGCCUGGGAGACAGAGGCCCAUUUUUUCUUGGGGAUGGAGGAGAGAAGAGAGCUAUUUGUACAGGGGAAGGCAGGCUAGGGCCUGUCUGUACCAGAAUAAAUUGGAUAUUUCUCAA